UGAGCCACACUAGGUAGGUACAUAUGUACAAUACAAUACCACAUUCGACCGGUACGUACAUAUUUGUUGAUUUUGUGGCGGGUGUAAGAAUCUACCGAUGGUCGCUAGCUUUUUGGCACCGAUGCAAAAUUGCAAACACUACCUCGUAGAACGUUUAAAAAAACCGAAGAAACUAAAAACUACUAACAUAUUCGACUACGGUCUGUGAGCUAAAGCGGUAAAAAGGAAAUCGGGUUAUUUAUUAAAAUCAUAUCAGGUACCAGUAGGUAACAAGGGAUAAUAUUUUCAGUCUUUACUUUUUACGAAUUCCCUCUUUCAUCUUCAUUAUUAUAACAGAUGAUAUUUCUACGGCUAGGUCAGCAGUUUUCACUACUAGAAAAAAGAAAAGUACAGCACUCUGGACUAUACGAGCUAUUUGGACGGCUAGUAAUCCAGCGGAAUUAUCAGACCAAUCACGUCAUUCCGACGAUCAAACUGGCGGGCCACUGCAGCAACACGAUUUUGACCCCUCCCCCUCCUUCCUCACCAACCACUGCUGUUGCUGCUUCCACUUCUGCUGCUGCUGCCGCUAUAAUCACCCACUCGUCCUUAACGAAACCUAAUUUUCGCCAUCUACAAUCACAUACGCAAUCUUCCCAUAAUUCAACCCAGAUUUAUAAAACAACUUCUUCAAUCCAAUCCUUCAAAAUUGCGUCUCAGCGCACUGCUCAGCUAGCUCGUCACUUUUCGAGCUCUACUUCAUCUGAGAAUACCUAUUACAAGACAGAUUCCAAGUCUGAAAUGGCUUCGCAGUACGGCGUCCGCAAGGUCGCUGCACCCAACACUUUAGAACAUCGAGUCUACAUUGAGAAGGAUGGCGUUCCCGUCUCGGCCUUCCACGAUAUUCCCCUCUAUGCCAACCCUGAACAGACCGUUCUCAACAUGAUUGUCGAGAUUCCUCGGUGGACCAACGCCAAGCUUGAGAUUUCUAAGGACGAACUUCUCAACCCUAUUAAGCAGGACAUUAAGAAAGGCAAGCUACGAUAUGUCCGCAACUGCUUCCCCCACAAGGGUUAUCUGUGGAACUACGGUGCCUUCCCCCAGACCUGGGAAGACCCCAACUCGAUUCACCCAGAGACCAAGGCCAAGGGAGACAACGACCCUCUCGAUGUCUGCGAGAUCGGUGAGCUAGUUGGCUAUCCCGGUCAGGUCAAGCAGGUCAAGGUGCUUGGUGUCAUGGCUCUGCUCGAUGAGGAGGAGACCGAUUGGAAGGUUAUCGUCGUCGACGUGAACGACCCCCUGGCACCUAAGCUUAACGACGUCGAGGACGUCGAGCGACAUCUUCCUGGUCUUCUACGGGCUACUAAUGAAUGGUUCCGUAUCUACAAGAUCCCUGAUGGGAAGCCCGAGAACCAGUUCGCUUUUACUGGCGAAUGCAAGAACAAGUCCUAUGCCUUUGACGUCAUCCGUGAGUGUAGCGAGGCUUGGGAGAGACUGAUCACCGGCAAGACUCAGCCCGGCGGUAUCUCUACGACCAACCUAAGCGUCAACCACUCUCCAAGCCGUGUCGGCUCCGAACAGUUGCCACCCCUGCCACCUAACGAAGAGGUGCCCGCCGAGAAGAUCGAUAGCUCGAUUGACAAGUGGUUCUUCAUCAGCGGUGCUGCCGCAUAGGCUAAAUAUUACUGGGCCUGGUAGAGAAAAGUUAGGCAGAUAUAUGAGCUUGAACACAGUAUGAGAGCUCUGUUUGAUAGCAUAUUCUGCAUGACGCCCCACACGCGUUGGCUUAGUUCGAAUACAUGACUUCAUAUAGAGAGUACUUUUCUCGUGGCUCGUGACCCGUGACUCCGGUGUGGUUAUCUUGUGCCUUAAAUAGACAGUUGGAGAGUGUACUAUGCGCCAGCAUCCGAAGCAAAACGCCGCCUGAUGCUUGAUGCUUAAUGUAGUAGAUAACUUAAAUACCUACGGACUAGGGAGAUACUAGGUACCUAGGUAGGUAGGUAUCUAAAAGUAACAGAUCGGUCA